CGGCGUUGGGAGGAAGACAAGAGCCAAGCAAAGUGGUGGUUCUGUCUUAUCCCUCUACCGAAUCAUAUCCAUUCUUUUUUCUUUUUUUUUUUACCAAUCCAAUCCGCGCCGCCAUUAGAAUAAAGCUUCUCUAAUCGCUAUCGUCACCUAACCCACCUUUCUCCGCAUCUUCUUCUUCAUAAAGCCUCGUGAUUUUCUCGGAGAAUUGCAAAAAAGGGUUUACUUUGAUUUCAUCUACAAAUAGAGAAAGAGAAGGAGACAUGGCUUCGAUCAAUCUAUCAUCGUCCUCUCCUUCCACCAUAUCUCUCUCCCGCUCAAGACUUAGCCAAACCUCUACUACUACUACAUUGCUCCACCGUAUUACUUUACCAUCUCACCAUCCAUCAUCAUCGUUCUCCAUUAAAACCACUUCAAAAGUCAAAGCUUCAGUGAUCUCUAGAGAAGAUGAUCUCCUCUCUUCUUACACCAAUGGUUCUCUCGUUGACGAAGACUCCUCAUCUCCUGCGCCAGCCAAUGGUUUCGUUGCUGAAGAUGAUGACUACGAGUUGGAUCUACCUACACCUGGCUUCUCUUCAAUCCCUGAAGCCAUUGAAGACAUACGCCAAGGAAAGCUUGUGGUGGUUGUGGAUGAUGAAGACAGAGAAAACGAAGGUGAUUUGGUAAUGGCUGCUCAGUUAGCUACACCUGAGGCUAUGGCUUUCAUUGUCAAACAUGGAACUGGGAUUGUUUGUGUGAGUAUGAAAGACGAUGAUCUCCAGAGGUUGAACCUUCCUCUGAUGGUGAACCAGAAGGAGAACGAGGAGAAGCUCUGCACUGCAUUCACAGUCACUGUCGAUGCAAAACAUGGUACAACAACAGGAGUAUCAGCACGUGACAGGGCAACAACGAUACUGUCACUUGCGUCUAGAGACUCAAAGCCUGAAGAUUUCAUCCGUCCAGGGCAUAUCUUUCCUCUCAAGUACCGAGAAGGCGGAGUUUUAAGAAGAGCUGGACACACUGAAGCAUCUCUUGAUCUUACUGUAUUAGCUGGACUAGAACCUGUUGGAGUACUCUGUGAGAUUGUUGAUGAUGAUGGUUCCAUGGCUAGAUUACCAAAGCUCCGUGAAUUUGCAGCUGAAAACAACCUCAAAAUUGUUUCCAUUGCAGAUUUGAUCAGAUAUCGAAGGAAGAGAGAUAAGCUAGUGGAACGUUCUUCUGCAGCUCGGAUUCCGACAAUGUGGGGACCUUUCACAGCUUAUUGCUACAAGUCUAUACUAGACGGUAUAGAACACAUUGCAAUGGUUAAGGGAGAGAUUGGUGACGGUCAAGACAUUCUUGUGAGGGUUCAUUCAGAAUGUCUCACUGGAGACAUAUUUGGAUCAGCGAGGUGUGACUGCGGGAACCAGCUAGCUCUUGCGAUGCAGCAGAUUGAGUCUGCUGGUCGUGGUGUGUUGGUUUACCUACGUGGACACGAAGGAAGAGGGAUUGGUUUAGGACACAAGCUUAGAGCUUAUAAUCUGCAAGAUGCUGGGAGGGAUACAGUUGAAGCUAACGAGGAGCUAGGACUUCCUGUUGAUUCUAGAGAGUAUGGUAUUGGUGCACAGGUACUGAGGGAUUUGGGAGUGAGGACGAUGAAGCUGAUGACGAAUAAUCCGGCUAAGUAUGUUGGUUUGAAGGGAUAUGGAUUAGCUAUUGUGGGGAGAGUGCCUCUCUUGAGUCUUAUCACAAAGGAGAAUAAGAGAUAUCUGGAGACGAAGAGGGCCAAGAUGGGUCACAUGUAUGGUUUGAAGUUCAAUGGUGAUGAUGUUGUAGAGAAGAUUGAUGAUUCUGCAACCACCGAGUCAUGACUGGAGAAUAAAUAUUAGAUAAUACUUCAAGAGAACACCAGAAAAGAAACAUAGACACAGAAGAGCAAGCAAUGAAAGACUUCUGAUCUAUCUGAGGAGUUUUAUUGGAUUGGUUUAAUGUAUCUUGAUUUGAUUUUUUACAAUACUUGCGUUACAAAAUUUUCAACAUUGUUGUUACUUGUUAUGUACUCUUGGUUGAUUAGUUUCAUUUGAUUUGUGAAACUGUAAAAAGAUGAAGCUUUGAUGUGCA